UCUCUUAUUAAUUUGCGAUACAUUAGUUAAUAUUGACAGCUGCUGGAGACAAUGUGGGAUUUUUUCCUCUCCUUCUUUUACAACAAAGACGAUCCAAAUAACCAAGAGUUCAUCAGGGACAUUCUUGAGCCUGAAGACUAUGAGCCCUACCUCGCCGCCGGCUGCUUCGCGGUGUUGAGCUUGGCCCUCCUCGCUUACAGCGGCCUCUUCAGAAAAAUCACGGUGGAGACUAAUUACAACCUGAGGCCGAAACUGACGUUCGCCUACAUUUUCGACUUUGGCGGCUACAGAGAGGCUACAAUCAAACUGGACGAGUACCGGCUGCUCUAUCCGCGGCUGCCAAGAAUCACCAUCCUCUACAACAGCCCCCUUUAUCCUCAGUCUAAUCGAGAUCUGGUGAGAUCUCCAACGUUCGCCACCGGGUUGGUGGUCAGUGAGGGCACGUACGAAGUUACCGAAAACAUCUACGUUAAGCUGAAGGAGCUGGGUUUCAACUUCUCCACCAUCCCUGAUGACUGUUUCUCCGUGUCCACACAAUUCGUUCAUCACAACUAUCUCUCCCUGGUGAUUGCCUCACUGCUGAUCUUCAAACCCCUCGUCAAAUUUGUGCGGGAGAAGAACUUGUGUGCGCAUCCGCUUGUACAGGUGGAUAAAAACUCCACUCUGUACUUCUACGCUCCUCUGGGAUACCAGUUUGAUUACUACGUGAGGGAGGCGUCCGAUUACUACGGCAUCUCCCUUGUUCAUAAGAUGAACCGCAUUCGAAUCUUGACAGACUUUGGACAUCGCAAAGAAAACUGAUGGAUUUUUGGUGAAGAGGAGCGUGCUAAUGUCAUUAGCAAGUAUUUAAGACUGAACUAUACUUAUACAAUUUACUCAUCCAAGCAGGAUACAUGUCGGGAAUCGUUUAUAAUUUGACAUCAAAUUCAAAUAGAGCAAGCUCUUCAUUUUUUUUUUAAAUUUAUUUAAAUGAUUCAGAUAAUGUUCUUGCUGCGGAAAAGUCCAAGGGUAAAAUCGCGCGAACUCACUAUUGUGGCAACACUCGAUUCUGACCACAGUCACGUGAUCAGCUUCAAUUUGACACCCACGAUGUAAAACAGCGAGUUCGGACAGUUUUACCACUGGGGAAAAAUCCGUCAGACCUUAGCUACAAAGUUUGAGAUUGGACUUUUUCCGCAGCACGAAUUAAAUGACAAGGAAAAAUUUUAGAUUUACAAAUUAGACUGUUAGAAAUUCAAAUUUUUGGAUAGCUGGAUCAAUUCCUUAAUAAAUUUUGGAUUAUUUUCUGGUGAAUGGGGGGUGUCUGUUUACAGAAAUCUGGAAAAUGGCUUUGGAAUUUAAUCUUGGGAUAUCUGAUUUACACAAGGGUAUUUUAAAAAAAAAAUUAUGCAUUUAUAAUUAUUUUAUCUUGCUUGACGGAAAUUCAUUAAUAGCUUGUUGAGAAAAAAAAUCAGAAUUAGAUCUACAUUAAAGCUUUGAUUCCUUCUUGUCAAAUGAAGGAGUGCUGUAAAAAUCUCAAAUAACAUAAUGUAAGAAAUGAAACGAUCUCGAAACUGCUCUUCCACUCAAUUGCAAUUCAAGCUGUUUUUCUUUUGAUCAACAAAUUUAAAACUCGAAACCAAGCCAAGCGCACUUGAAACCUUCGCUCAGACAUGGCGGUGAUGUGAAGUCCACUGCCAGUGAUUUAUCUCGGAAGAGAGAGCAGGGGGCUCUCCAGCCGCGUGGUGCAAGCGAGCAGUGGAGGGGCAGCUAAAAAAGACGCUGUCGUCCCCCUCCACUCGCAGUGACAGAGGCAAACAGCGCAAAUUCUUUGCUUUUCUCGCUACUUCCGCCGGCUGGGGGGACGCCUCUGAUUGGGCUGCCCCCAAAAUCCGCCUAAAAUAGGGGAUGCGCAUACAACAAACAAAUAUGCGUGCUCGUUGCUUGCUUAAAAAAGGUCACAAGAUUGAAAUGUAACUUAAAAAUUCAUGUUCUUGUGAUGAAAUAAAAGGAAAAAGGUAAACGUG